UUGAAUAUCAAAUUACUGUAGAUUUGACGGAUGAUAUAGAUCAUUUUGAAACUACUGCAGACCUUUUGAAUAUUCUGGAAUCUUCAGAGAGCCUUGCAUCCCAAAAAUGUGUAACCAAAAAAGUUGUUGAAAAACCUGGAGAUAUCAUUAUUCAGACUUCACCAAAAAGAAAAAAAAGAAAGUCCCCCACUGAAGAAACCUCACAUCCCAAAAAGAUGGAAGAAAAGAAAAUUGAGAAUCAGAGACAAAGUCCCCUGUCACCUGAAUUGAAAGUAUUACUGAUUAAAGAAGAUACUUCAAGAAAGUCUAAACAAUCUGAAAAAGAAAAGCGUAGUUUACGAACUGUGUCAGUGACAUCACCGACUGAUGUAAAAUCAAGAGUCAAAAACAAAGAAUAUCCUUCAAAGAGGAAGUCUACGAAGACAGAUUUUGAUACCAAUAAGAAGAUUAGAAGUAAUUCCAACAAAGCUGCUGUUCAACAGAAUGAACAAAUGACUAGAAAUAAAAAGAAAGAAAUUGCAGAGGAAAGAAAAAAGAAACUUUAUAAAAUUGCAGUUAAACGAAACCACGACUUGAAUCCAAAAGCCAGUUCCACCAAGGUUCCAGAUUCCGAUAUCUGUGUUAUUCCUUCGACAUCUUCCGGAAUAACAAGAGAUCCCAGACAAAAUAGACAGGACACGACUGAGGGGGAAAGCAAAAACAAAAAGGUAUCUUCACAAGAUUUAACGGUACCUGAGGAUCGGUCAGGAUUGAUUUGGAAUCUCGGUGCCAGAAAUCCUGCCCCUCCUACGCCCAGACAUUCCGAGGACUUGACAGAGGAAAUACAGAUAAUUCUACGUUGGGCUGUCAAGUGGCUCGUGGAGCAGAACAGUUUGGAAAUCAGUCCUCCUGUGUAUGGAGAUCACAAGGCUGUAUGCAUUCCAAUAGGUUUUCAAACGUAUUCCGAAUACAAAGCCGUUAUGUCGCCGCUGAUAUUAUUGGAACUGUGGCAACUCAUUUACCAAACUGCCUACAGCCAGGAAGAUGAAAGAAAACCAGUUACAGUUUUCAUAACACAUGAAAGAAAGGCAGAUCCAUUUUGGUGUUUGGACUGUCAGGUAAACAUGAGCGAAGCAGAUCUAAAGUCGAACAUGUUCAGACCAGAAGAUUUCUGUUUGAUAGAAGCGAAAGUUACAAAUUCCAAUCUUACUUUUAUGCUAACAAGCUAUGGCUAUAUUAAAUAUGUUAAUAAGACUUCUCACAGAACAGGAUAUUCUGUGAAUUUUACCUUGCUGACAAAGAUUUGCAACAAAACGAUAAUAGCAAACCAAAUGUUGGUGAAAGUAAUAGGGAAUGUCAGUAGUUCUUUUAGAUUAUUCAAGACUAUGAAGUGUCUUGUGUCAUCGUCUUUGUGUAAAUAUGUUUUUAACCCAAGUAUCAUUGAAAAACCAAGAAUUUCAAGCGAACCUAUUGUACUGGAGAACAUUGCCAAAUUGAAUGAUCAGCAAAGACAAAUUGUGGCAGAAGCCUCCGAAGUAUGUAUGAGAAAAUUUCCUGGAUUCUAUUUGAUCAAGGGACCACCUGGAACAGGGAAAUCUACAGUAAUCGUCAAUAUUAUUUUGAACGUGUUGUCCAAGAGCAUUGCAACAAAUAAUCCAGCCUUAAUUUUGCUGACAGCACCAUCAAAUGCUGCGGUUGAUGGGCUGGUUUUGAAGUUGAUGGAUAUCAGGUUAAAAUUAACAGAAACCCAGAAGAAAAAUUUGAAGCUUAUACGGAUAGGCCCAGAUUCUAGUAUCAGCCACAAAGUUAACAAAUUCAAACUGAGUUUUCUUGCUAGAAAAAACAUUAUCAGAAAUAAAGGCCUGACAUCGAUGGAAGACUAUAAUGAGAAAAGUGUGGACUCUGACCACUUUUUAAGAAAGUAUUUGGGUCAGAAGUACUUGUAUGAAGUAAACACUGCAGAAGAUGUUUUGUUGCAAAAAGCUAAUGUUAUUUGCACAACUUUGAAUAGUUGCGUUACACAUCGAAUUUUAUCUUCAGUACGAAA